AUGGCGACGCCAUCACCGCCCUCGACUGGCCUACCUCACCACCAACCCAGCAACAGUAACAACAGCAAUACGUUAUCACCACCUACACUAUCACCGCCGACGCUCCAGGUGGACACAUCUCGGCAACGCGCUCACAGCAAUGCCGAUACUGUACAUUCCCGGUCAUCGGGUCUCUCGAACCCGUUCCUCACGCCAGCCGCGACAAGCGCAGCCUCCAGUAUCAUCGAAGAUCCCGAGACAGCUCUUAGGCCGGAUCCUGGCACAGAAGCCGACUUCCAUGUUGAGAACAACCCUUUCGCGUAUACCCCCGGCCAGCUCAACAAACUUCUGAAUCCCAAAUCAUUAUCAGCAUUCAAGGCGCUUGGCGGACUGCAAGGCAUCGUGAAAGGACUACAAACCAAUGUGCACACGGGUUUGUCGGUUGAUGAGACGGAGGCGCCGACACGCGUCUCCUUCGACAGCGCGACGAAACACCACGACACUUCAUCUCUGCCCGAGACAGACUCGCCGGUUGCGCACGCCCACACCGGUGGAGAAGCGUUCAGCGACCGCAUUCGCGUGUUCAAGAAGAACGUCUUGCCUCCGAAGAAGCCGACGCCCUUCUAUGUCUUGGUGUGGAGGGCAUACAACGAUGUCGUUCUCAUUGUCUUGACAGUGGCCGCGGCCAUCUCCCUGGCACUUGGUCUGUACGAAACCCUUGGCAGGGAACACCCCCCGGGCGAGCCAAUGCCCGUCGAUUGGGUCGAAGGUGUGGCUAUUUGCGUGGCCAUUAUCAUUGUGGUCGUCACGCAAUCAUUCAAUGAUUGGCAAAAAGAACGUGCUUUUGUGAAGCUCAGCGCGAGGAAGGAGGAGCGCGAAAUCAAAGUCAUUCGGUCCGGCAAGUCGGAGCUGAUCAGUGUUCACGAUGUUCUUGUUGGCGACAUUCUUCACCUCGAACCCGGUGACUUGGUACCCGUUGAUGGAAUUCUCGUCGAAGGACACGACCUCAAGUGCGACGAAUCCUCCGCAACUGGCGAAUCCGAUGCUCUCAAGAAGACCGGAGGCGACACAGUCAUGCGCGCUCUCGAGUCAGGCCAGAGCAAGGCUGAGCUCGACCCUUUCAUCAUCUCGGGUGCAAAGGUUCUGGAGGGCAUGGGUACGUUCGUCGCAACGUCUGUUGGAGUCAACUCCAGUUUCGGAAAGAUCAUGAUGUCGGUACGCACUGAGAUGGAAGCCACUCCUCUGCAGAAGAAGCUGGAACGCUUGGCCCUUGCCAUCGCCAAGCUUGGUACCUCUGCCGCUGCUCUCCUGUUCUUCGUUCUUCUUUUCAAGUUCCUCGCCAAUCUUUCGGACAACCCCGACACGCCGACUGAGAAGGCUUCGACCUUUACUGAUAUCCUGAUCGUUGGCAUCACCAUCAUUGUGGUCGCUGUUCCCGAAGGUCUCCCCUUGGCUGUCACUCUGGCACUUGCUUUUGCGACAACCCGCAUGCUUCGUGAGAACAACCUUGUGCGUGUGCUGCGAGCUUGCGAAACCAUGGGCAAUGCCACAACCAUCUGCUCUGAUAAAACCGGCACUCUCACCACCAACAAGAUGACCGUUAUCAAAGGCACUUUUGGCAAGGUCAGCAUCACAAAGACCGAGGGAGAGAAGUCGGAGGAAACCAGUAUGGCGGACUGGAGCUCGAAUUUGCCCGAAAAGACCAAGCAAGCAAUCAUCCAAUCUGUCGCAAUCAACUCAACUGCCUUUGAGGGUGAAGAAGAAGGCCGGCAUACAUUCAUUGGAUCCAAGACGGAAACUGCGCUGCUCUCCCUGGCGAAGGAAUUCCUCGGCAUGGGUCCACUGGCGGAAACGCGUGCCAACGAGGAAGUCAUUCAGAUGUUCCCCUUUGACUCGAAGAAGAAAUGCAUGGGCGCCGUCAUCAAGCUGAAGGAGUCGCAGGGUGGUGGUUACCGUCUCUUGGUGAAGGGUGCUUCCGAGAUUCUUCUCAACUAUUGCGGCAGCCGAGCCAAUAUCGACGAUCUCAAAGUUGAGGAGCGUUUUCCACGAGAGGAGCGCAAGAAGAUUCGCGCUAUCAUCGACCAAUAUGCCAGCAAAUCUCUUCGCACUAUUGGUCUAGUGUAUAAAGACUACACUCAAUGGCCUCCUGCCCACGCUGAAGUGGAAGAAGGCCAUGCCGACUUCGCUUCUCUCCUCCACGAUCUUGUCUUCAUGGGUGUCGUGGGUAUUCAGGAUCCCGUUCGUCCUGGUGUCCCUGAGGCUGUGGCCAAGGCCACACACGCCGGUGUCAAGGUUCGCAUGGUGACAGGUGACAAUAUCAUCACUGCGCGUGCUAUUGCUACUGAGUGCGGUAUUUAUACCGAGGGUGGUCUGGUCAUGGAGGGCCCUGCUUUCCGCAAGCUGAGUGACGCUGAAUUCAACGAAAUGCUUCCAAGGCUGCAGGUCCUUGCUCGGUCCUCCCCCGAGGACAAGCGCAUCCUUGUGACCAAGCUGAAGGCUCUUGGCGAGACUGUUGCUGUCACCGGUGACGGCACAAACGACGCGCCUGCGUUGAAGGCUGCUGACGUCGGUUUCUCCAUGGGUAUCUCGGGCACAGAGGUCGCCAAGGAAGCCUCCGCUAUCGUUCUCAUGGACGACAACUUCACCUCGAUCAUCACGGCCCUCAAGUGGGGUCGUGCCGUUAACGAUGCUGUGCAGAAGUUCCUUCAGUUCCAGAUCACGGUCAACAUCACAGCCGUGCUGCUAGCCUUCAUUACCGCUGUCUACUCACCAACAAUGGACCCUGUUCUGAAGGCCGUACAGCUCCUGUGGGUUAACCUGAUCAUGGACACCUUUGCCGCACUCGCCCUCGCUACGGACCCCCCCACGGAGAAGAUCUUGGAUCGUCCGCCCCAAGGCAAGAAAGCACCCUUGAUCACCAUCAACAUGUGGAAGAUGAUCAUUGGCCAGGCCAUCUUCCAGCUGGUCGUGAUCUUGAUUCUCUAUUUUGCCGGCCCCGAAAUUCUGAACUAUGAUCGCUCCGACCAUCACAAGAUGAGGGAGCUUGACACUGUCAUCUUCAACACCUUUGUUUGGAUGCAAAUCUUCAAUGAGUUCAACAACAGGCGUCUGGACAACAAGUUCAACAUAUUCGAGGGCAUUCACCGUAACAUCUUCUUCAUCAUCAUCAACAUGAUCAUGGUCGGGCUCCAAAUUUGCAUCAUUUUCGUCGGAUCGCGCGCGUUCGCCAUCAGCGAUGGUGGCAUUGACGGAACCCAGUGGGCUAUUUCGGUCAUCGUGGCCCUCAUGUGCUGGCCGUGGGCCGUCUUGGUUCGCUUGUGUCCGGACGCGUGGUUCGAGGUUGCCGCCAAGACUGUCGGAGGUCCCUUUGCCCUCGUCUACCGCUUUCUGCGCAAGGGCUGGCGCGCAACAAUCGGCCGCCUGUUCAAGCGCUCCAAAAAGGACGACGCCGAUGGCGAGGAGAAGGAUGCUGCUGAUACCGCUGAUAUCAAUGAGCACACCGUCACCGAGGAGAAGGUCAAGGACCUCGAGAACACUUCGAGCCCGGCUGCGAAUGUUCCCAUCAUUCACGUACCAGAUGAGAUGCCUGCGACGGAGAAUGCUCCUGCGAUAACGACCACGGCCCCUGAGCCACCUCGGGUCGAGGUCACAUCGGAUCAUGAGCUCCCGAAAACCUCAUAA